CGCAAAGUCGAGUCUCCAGAAAGCACGGGAGUCCUAAGCCAACCCCAACCCUUCCAGAUCAUACGUAAUGCGAUCGAAAUUACUGAAUUACGCCACCCGUGCCGAGGCUUGAUAGCCGUGAUAACCACCUGCGCCUGUGACGUAUUUACCAGACAUUUUUCCCGUCGCGUGUAAAUCCGCCCCUCGCAUUCUUGACCGCGACAGAGCACAUCACGAGCGCAGCAACCGACGGCCUUCGACGACUUUACGAACCCUCAACGACUGUUUCCUCGCCCCUUCUCUUCCAACAGUCAAACCCCUUCCCAUCUCACCACCAAAAAAAAGAAGAGGGAGAUAGCUCGCUAGCCAUCCACCAUGUCCCGCCAUCACCCCGACCUCGUCAUGUGCCGCAAGCAGUCCGGGAUCGCGAUCGGGCGGCUCUGCGACAAGUGCGACGGCAAGUGCCCCGUGUGCGACUCGUACGUGCGGCCGACGACGCUGGUGCGCAUCUGCGACGAGUGCAGCUUCGGCAACUACCAGAACAAGUGCGUCGUGUGCGGCGGCGAGGGCAUCUCCGACGCUUUUUAUUGCUUCGAGUGCACCCGCCUCGAGAAGGACCGCGACGGGUGCCCCAAGAUUAUUAAUCUGGGUAGUUCUAGGACGGAUCUAUUCUACCAAAAGAAAACGAAUCGGACGGGGUUUUAGUGACGGCCUGGCCCGGGUUUGGGCGCUUCUCUUCUCGGCGGAUUGUUGGAGGCAUACAAUGUACUGUCUAAGGGGGUUACAGGCGGAAGCCUGGGUUGACGGCGUUUCAGGAGUUCGUGGGAGGGGCAUUCUAGACGAGACAUCUCGGGGACAUGUGCUGCCAGUAUUACCACAA